AUGUUGACUUGUCUACGACGUUCGGCUCAAAAAGUAAACUCAUUCGGUAGAAGGACGAUUUCAUCGAGAAGGCUCGUUUACGAGAAUUUUGGUGAUCCGGCGAAGGCGAUUCUUCUCCAGCAAUACGACCUACCAAAGAAACUUGAGAACAAAUCGGUGCACGUAAAGUGGUUGGGCACUCCUAUUAACCCUGCCGACAUAAAUCAAAUUCAGGGUGUUUAUCCGAUCAAGCCACCGAUGCCCGCAGUUGGAGGUUCUGAAGGAUAUGGACAAAUAGAAGCUAUUGGUACAGAAGUUCGCUCUCUGAAAGUUGGCGAUCACGUGAUACCCGCAAAAUCUGGAUUGGGAACAUGGUGCUCGGAUGCGUAUUUAAGUGAAUUGGAUGUGUUCAAGAUUGACGCAUCUUUGCCAUCGACGAGUAAAGCUACGUUACAAGUAAAUCCUCCUACAGCAUAUCGGAUGUUGACUGAUUUUGUUGUGCUGAAGGAAGGUGAUACGAUAAUUCAAAAUGGAGCCAAUUCUGCGGUCGGACAAGCGGUUGUGCAAAUAUGCCGUGCACGUGGAAUCAAGAGUGUGAACAUUGUUCGCAAACGAGAAACACCGGAUGCGCAAAAGAAACUCGAGGAGCACAUGAAAAGUUUGGGCGCGGAUUUGGUAAUCACAGAAGAACAAUUGAUUAAGGAAUAUCGAGGCAAAUUCAACCCGUCACUGGCAUUGAAUUGUGUUGGUGGUCGAUCGGCUUUACUUCUUGCAAUGGCACUUGAUCAUAAUGGAGUUAUGGUCACAUAUGGUGGAAUGAGCAAACAACCACUUUCGAUUCCAACUGGACCAUUAAUCUUCAAGGAUAUCAAACUUUGCGGUUUUUGGAUGAGUAGAUGGUAUGAGAACAAGGAUAAUGUAAAGGAACGAGUCAUGAUGUAUGAACAACUUGGGGAGUGGAUUAAAACGGGGAAAUUUCAUCCUCCACAGCUUGUCGCGAGGAAACUUGAAGAACACCAAUUGGCUCUGGAGAAGGCACAAACGGAUCACAGCUGCAAGCAAUUCUUCGUACCAAAUGAU